CUGGCUUCUUCGUCACCUUUACUGUCAUGUCCCACGGUCGGUCGGUAACCAUUUUUCCCCCUUCCCUUUCCUUUUCUUUCCAACCUCACAAUCCCUUUGAAACCAAGUGGCCAAAAUCUGAUCAUUCCACUUUCUUUUAUCUCUUCCCCUUACCUUCAUCGCAGAAUAUCCACCGGAUAGAGAGAACACAAAUCGAAGAAAAACGAAGGAAAAAAUAAAAAUAAAGAGAGCGAAAGGGAAACGAAAACAUCACCAUCGCCAUCAUCAACAUCAAACAUCAUUCUCUCUUACAGUACUCCACUCAGUCACUCACUCAGUAACCCCCGCUUCUCUCUCUCUCUGUGCUAGCUGUUUCUGGGUGGAUGCUAGCUGGGAAUUGAAUCAAACUCACAGAGAAGAACCCUAGAAAAAUUAAUGGCUGUUCUAAUCCACAUUACCCAUAUCGCCCCUUUAACUCUGCUCUUUGUGCUGCUCCUCAUAUACCACGCACCUCUACCCAUCCUCGCCAUGAACAUUACCACCCUGCUCUCUUCCUUCCCGGAGCUAUCCUCCUUCGCAUCUCUCAUCUCCUCUACCAAUAUCUCGUCCGAUCUCGCCCACCGUGCCUCUGUAACUCUUCUCGCCGUCCCCAACCCUUAUGUAUCGUCGUCUGACGUCCUCACGCGCCGUCUCUCUUCCACCUCCCUCGCCGACGUUCUUCGCUACAACGUCCUUCUCCAGUACUUCUCCUGGUCUGACCUCCAGAAGAUUCCUCCUUCCGGCAUCCUCAUCACCACCCUCUUCCAGACCACUGGCCGAGCCACCAGCAACUACGGCUCCGUCAACAUUACCCGCAACCCUACCAGCGGCGUUGUUUCGAUCCACUCACUGGAGCCUUACUCCCCUUCAAACGCCACCGUUCUCUCCCUCGUCAAAACCCUUCCCUAUAAUGUCACCAUCUUGGCCGUCAAUUCCCUCCUCGUCCCCUCCAACUUUGAUCUCAUGGCUUCCGAGACCCGCCCGACCCUGGGGCUGAACAUCACCAAGGCCUUGAUCGACGGGCACAACUUCAACGUCGCGGCAUCGAUGCUGUUGGCCUCUGGCGUGGUGGAAGAGUUCGAGGCCGACGAGGGCGGGGCUGGAAUAACGCUCUUCGUCCCUGUCGACACAGCUUUCGCCGAUCUUCCGGCCACCGUGAGGCUUCAGUCUCUCCCAGCAGAUAAGAAAGCGGUGGUCUUGAAGUUCCACGUGCUCCACUCCUACUAUCCACUGGGUUCUCUGGAGUCAAUUGUGAACCCGGUCCAACCCACAUUGGCAACAGAGGCCACGGGGGCCGGGAGCUUCACCCUCAACAUUUCUAGGAUUAAUGGGUCUGUCGCGAUCGAUACUGGAAUCGUUCAGGCUUCGGUGACUCAGACCGUAUUCGAUCAGAACCCUGUGGCAAUCUUCGGUGUCUCGGAAGUGCUAUUGCCGAGGGAGAUCUUUAGUAAUGGUCCUAUAGGUAAUGUCAAGCCUGGAAACACCGUAAUGUCCGGUGCUCAACCGCCCAAUAACGGUCUCUCGCCAAAGAACUCUCCGGGACUGAAUAAUCCGCCCUCACAUCUGUCGUCUCCACCAGGUUUCCGUGAAGAUAUCACAUCAGGAGCAGCCACCGGUAAUGGUGCUGACCUACGGAGCUUGGUAGUCGCUCUGUGCUGUAUAGCAUUUCUGGACGUUUGACUGCUAAUUUGCAUUUAUCCGCUACUUUUCCGUUCUACUUUCAUGCAGUAACCGAUAAAAAAGAUCGUAACUGGUGAGAAAUAAGUGUUCAACCCCUUAAAAGCAGUCAAGAGAUGGGGUUUCAACGCGUUUGACCCCAGAUGCAGGAAAUUCUGCAGCUUUCUCGGAAGAGUGAAGAAAGUUAUGAUAAAGCAUCCUUUGCCAUAGUGGUUUGAUUCAAUUCGAUUUGAGUGUGGUUUAUAAGAUUAGGGCUCCUUUUUCUCUGUGGGAAAGAGAGAGAAACGAAGACAAUGGGUUUCGAGUUUUAUGAGAGAUUGAAGUUAUCGAAGGCCAAACACAGCCUGCAGUUCCGAGGCUGUCGCGUUGCAUUAAUCCAUGCCUCAGUUGCUGUCACGAACCAAACCACUUGGCUUGAACUGUACGAGUCUCGUCAAUAUCACAAGAAGUGGUAGGCACUUUUGUCAAUAUGAAUAGGGCAAUCCAUGGAUUCCCUUUGGACGGUAAUGGGCAAUGCAAUUUGCUUUGCUAAAUUUUUUUUUUUAAUUAAUUAAUUGAUGGUGGGGUAAAGUAAUUAGUGAAGGGAAAACGGGUGACAGAUGGCAUGCACCUCCUGUGGGCCCACAAAUGGACGGUCUUGAUCCAGGACAAGUUCGAAAGCCGCAGUUCUUUCCGCGCACCGAUGCUUAUUGGACUGUCACACCCACAAGACAGUGUACGAUCAGAUCUACUGUUUUGAGUACUCGGAUCAGAUGCAUGCCACCCCGUUGGGUUGUCUUUCCAUUUGUUUAGAUUUCACCAGAGCAAGCGUGGGUCCCGGACCCAGCAGCUUUGAAAAUUGAAACCCUCUUUGGUACCAAAAGUUGGAGAGAGUUGAUCGGUAAAGCCAGAUUAGGCGGAUGAUAAGAUCUUCCUUUCAUCUUUUUCAAAUAGAAGUAGUGAAGGAUCUUUCUUUUGUUUUUCCUCCUUAUGAGUUACUAACUUACUAAGGAUAGAAGUUACAAUAGUGGGGGUUGAAAAUUGAAAAGAGUGGCGCUUGGAGCCGGUCGGAUGUCAAACGUUGAUUUACAUCAGUAAUUAAACACGUGCCACGUGCAGAUUUCAGCUACAUUGAGAAUAGGUGAACAUGCAGGUGAUCAAAAUUUCACGGCUAAAGAUUUCUGAAAAUUUCAAAGCAGAUCAAAAGUUUGUAUUGAGCAACGUUAAAGUUAUAAGGGAAGCAUGCGUGGAUCCUGCCCAGACCAAAAUAGAACAUGUCUAGUCUAAAAUCAAGUCAAAUAUUCUCUCAUUUAUUUCUAGAUUGGGAGUUGUUUCUAAGUUUAAUUUCUAUAGCUGUAUAAUGUAAUAGUAGCAUAGAAUUAGCCUUAAUAUGUAUAUGUUUCCUAAAUUACUCUCUUGAUCACUCUGUAUAUAUAGAACGGAAAUUCUAUCAAUAAAGUGUGGGAAAAUUCUUCAUUGAAA